AUGCUCUUCGAGGAGGAUGACCAGCCGCCUGAGGUGUUGGUCGCUGGUGCCACUGGAGAAACAGGCCGCGUCAUUGUUCGCAAGCUUGUGUUGCGUGGCUACAAUGUGCGCGUGUUAGUCCGCGAUCUUUUCAGCUCGACCCUGGAUCUGCUGGGGACAGGGGUGAGCUUUGUCAAGGGCAGCUUGGACGACUAUGAUUCGCUGCUCGAAGCGACGGGCGAUGUCGAUAAAGUGGUCUGUGCCGUGGGGUCAAGGAGUGUGGAGGAGGCCGAGGCGAUUGAAUAUGAAGGUGUAGGCAAUUUGAUUCGCGCAUAUCAGGACUCGAGGGUCCAGUAUUAUGGAAGGGCUGAGGCUACCAAGUUGGUCCUAUUUAACUUCGCGGAUGAAGGCGAUCUGGGCAAGUGGAAACGCGUCGUGCCGGAGGAAGGCGAAGAGGGCGCCAAGCCCCCAAGGGUCAACUUUCAGAUCACGGGGCCGAAUCGCGUCGCGUUUAUGGGUCAUGUGUUCAGCAAAUACGAAGGCAUGGCAGAGGUUCGUACGAUCCCGUCCCGCCUUAAUCUUCGCGGCUUCUCGGGUUUGUUGUUGCGGUGCAUUGGCGACGGCAAGAAUUAUUUCAUCGUGUUGAGGACGGGGGCUGGGGUCCGAGAGGGCGUUGAGUACUGCGCGCAGAUCAAGUCAUACAAGAACAAGUGGGGGUCGCUAAGGAUUCCGAUCUCGUCGUUCAAGGCGUAUGACAUUAAAGAUCACUCCCGGAGACGGGACGCCCCCGAGCUGGACCGCGGAGACGUUCGGCAGAUGGCGAUCCAGUUCCGGAAACCCGUCGUGUCGCCCGAAAAGGAUGACGGGCGCUUUUAUCUCGGCGUCGACUAUCUCAAGGCGUACCGGACGCAGGAGCAGCCCGAUUUUGUGCUCCUAUCUUGUGCAUCAGUGACGGCGCGGGACUUUUCCGAGCUCGACGAGAAGGGCUUGCGGGCUGUCGCGAAGGACGACGUCGCGGCUUGGAAAUACAUGGCGGAGAACCGGUUGCGGUUGUCUGGGCUGACGUACUGCAUCGUGCGCCCGGGGUCGUUCACUGACCAACCGGGUGGCAAUAAGGCGAUCAUGCUGGAGCAGGACGGGGAUGUAUCGGGCGCGAUUAGUCGGGCGGAUGUGGCGGAAAUUUGUGUCAAGAGCUUGCUUGACCCGAGGGCGUGCAAUGUCACAUUUGAUGCGUUUGAGUCGAUGUAUGCGCCAUCGGCCAGGCUGCCAUCUGAAGAUGUGAGUUCGAUGCUUGGACGGCUGCGUCCGAACACUUGA